GUUUUGUCCAAAGCACUGGCGGCAACGGAGUUGAAGGCUGCAUCAGCCGAGUCUUUGCAACUGCUGAAGCAGUUGCUCGUGCUGGACCCCUCCCAGCGAACGACUGCAGAGCAAGCCCUCAAGCACCCGUGGUUCUCUACGAAUGGUGAGCAGCACAAGGUGAACGUGCCAAGCUCGAAGUAUCGGCUCGCCCGAUCUGCCAGUAGGAACUCGGAGGUCCUGACUCCCAGAGCAUGGAGCCAAAUUGGAGAAAAAUCUGCGAAAAAGCUGGACCUGCCCCAAACCUUCGCGCCACUCGAGCGGAUCGUGUCUGAGGGCGUCGACGAGAUCAAAGAUUGA